AAUUAUUAUUUUUUACUUCACCGCUGAAACUGUUCUGAACGACGUCGAUCGAGCGCCUGUCCGGAAGCCUGUUUUGAGUGGACUGUGCGCUCGUCAGAUCCGAGACGGAAGAUUCGCGGCUUGCAGCAGCGGCACGCCAGUUCUGCUCUUGCAGAGCUUGGCUGGAUGAAUUCCAGGUUCUGGUCCAAUCUGGACUUCAAGUAGUUAGUUAGUUACCAAACCAUGCAAACCCUUUGUUGCUUCCACUGGACUAGUCUACAUAGAACUUCAAGUGCAAGGGGAGUAGCGUUUUGAUCAGAAAACCUUGAAACCGACACUCGUAAAAAGACGGCAUAAUUUAUUUCCGGAACACUCUUAUCUACACGUUUGUAGCCGGGUUCAAAGUAGUGCCAACUAGACCAAAAUGGCUUGUGCACCGACAUGUCGACGCUCUGUCCGUUCCAUACUGGACUCAGCUCGCCUUCUCGGUGGACUCCGGCAUGCUCCCUCCACAUCCGCAGCAGCGGGCAUGGAGCUGAAAAGCAAAGCUGUGGAACGCCCGCAACCGGCCUUUGAUUACGACACGUUCUUCCGUAAGGAGACGGAGUUCCGGUUGGCCCAAGGUAUGUACGACUUCUUCCUGCCACUCCACCAACGUGUCAAUGCUUCACUCCCAAAUCAGGCGGGCGCAGCGCCCGACUUGUAUGAGCAGACGGCCGAUAUCAUUCCUAAACUCGAUGAACUGUUGGACAGCGUCACGGCAGAACCUGGCGACAUGUCACGACGCCUGGAACAGGUUACGGAGGACCUGCGCAAUGUGACGGUGUUCGCCACCACCGACUACCUGGGGCUGAGCGCGCACCCGUUGCUCAUCGAGACGAUGCGACGAUUCACGGAGAAACACGGCGUAAGUUGCACGGGAUCUCGCUACAUCACCGGAAACACACUUUAUCUUCAGAUGCUGGAGCGCGAGUGCGCACGCAUGCAUCGCCAGGAGAGCAGUAUCCUGUUUCUGAGCUGCUUCGAUGCAAACAACUGCAUUCUGUCUUGCCUGGGCUCGUGGCUGCCUGGGUGUAUAAUCUACUCGGACGAGGGCAACCAUGCAUCAAUCAUAGAGGGAAUACAGCGGUCUGGCGGCCAGAAGCGAAUCUACCGCCAUUGCGACACACAGCAUCUUGAAGAGCUGCUGGCCGCCGACCGUGAAGAGGAGGACGCGGAUGCACCGCGGCCAAAGGUGAUUGUGUUCGAGUCGGUGUACUCGAUGCUCGGCGACAUCAGCCCAGUGCCGGAGAUUGUGCGUCUAGCGCGGCAAUACGGUGCUCUAACGUUCAUUGACGAGGCUCACUCUCUGGGCCUGUUUGGCGAGAAUGGCCGUGGCAUACUGGAACUGCAGGAAUGCGAGGGUGAGGUGGACAUCGUGGCCAGUACACUGGGCAAGGGCGCCGGCUUCCAGGGUGGCUAUGUGGCGUCCAGCCUUGGCUUCACGGAGGCCGUGCGCCAUCGAGCACGCGGCUUUGUCUUCACGAGCGCUCUGACCCCGGGCAUGGCAGCCACGGGCCUGGUGGCGCUGCGCAUCCUGCAGACGGCGGAGGGACGCGAGCUGCGCGAGAAGCUCUUCCACAACGUGGCCACGGUGCGGAAACUCCUGGAGGAGGAGGGCAUCCCGCUCAUCCGCAACGACUCGCACAUUGUGCCCGUGUGCGUUCACCAUCCGGAGACGGUGCACAUUCUCAGCCGUAGUCUGCUCCACGAGUUUGGCGUGUACGUACCCGCCGUCCGGCAUCCCGCGGUGGCGCGCGGAAAGGAGCUGCUGCGCGUAGUACCCAUGCCCGGUCACACGGCGGCGCAGAUUAAUCAUCUUGUCGAAGCACUGGCUAUGCUCUGGAAGCGACACGACCUCCCGCUCACGCAUACUCUUCAUAGAGAUAUAAUUGAAUAGUCGCUCGACUCGGUAGUGCUUGACAUACAGUCUGUGUACACAGCAUUUAAUCCUCUCGCGAGCAGCAAACGCUGGAAAUUUGACGUUCGUAUGUGGAUAAUGAGGCAACAUACCCAGACAUCUAUUGUAGUUAUAUCUACAUGAUUGUACAUGUAUCUCUCCAGCUGAGAGUGAUAAGAUCCAGCUUUCGAUAAGGUUGGCAAACAGCACGGGAGUUGACUUGUUCCCCGACCCCGUGCUUGUGCCUUUAGCCGCCUCAGUUCUGUGCGGCUUAGCUUUGUGCGUACAGCGCCAAUAACAUUGCCAUGCCAGCACCGACUAACGACCUGUUGUCAUGUCAACACAGACUCACGGCCCGUUGCCAUGUCAACUCCGACUUGCAGCCCGUGUGCAUUAUGCAGGUCAUGAGGUUGUCACCCGUUCUGUGCCGGGUGCUGGCUGUUUUGCGCAUACUCAGAUCUGCAUGGGCCUUCAUAGGCUGUUUUUGCUUGAAACAAGAUCUGCAUGGUCCUUCACUAGUGUGUGAAGGUGUAUCCUUGACAAGGUGUCAAUUACAGCUCUCUUCAAGCACAAUUACUGGCAUGGAUGCAUGCCCUUUGCUGAUGCAUGCCGAUAAGUCAA